AUUUGUAUAAAUGUUCAAGAAAUUCUUAGCAUUAAUUAUUUUUACAAAUUGUUUAAAACUACCAAAGGACAUAGGAAUAUAGGACAUUACCGAAGAAAGGUAAUUUAUAUAAAAAGUAAAGAAGAGCGGGUCAAGAUGACUGCAGUGGGAAAGUUUGGCGUGUCCCGGAAUAGAGAAUCGUUUAUGUUUCUGUUACUCAGAUACCUUGACAUCCAGCUAAUAAGUUAAACUAAAGCCGAAAUUCAGCCUUUUAUUCUUCAACUAUCCAAAAAAUUGUUGACUAGUGUUUUUGACUUACUCUUAAAAACAUAAAAAACAUGAAAACAAAAUUGUUUGUAUAAAUGUUAGUGAACAUUUUUUAUUAAAUGUGAGUUUGGUUCGCCUAUAAAUGCUCCAUUGAAGCAUUCAGGUAUUCAUUGCUGCUGGAGAUCGUUAAACCUCAACAUCAAAAGCUUAAAAUAACGUAACUGAAUUUAAUAUUUUGUUUAAGGAUGACAACAUGCAUUUCCUACGUAACUUCAAUAUUUUUAAUUUUAUCAAUUUUUCUCGCGGAAAGAACAAGAGCUAAUUCCAUUCUAAUGGAAAAACAUGAUUUAAAUCAUCGGAAUAUGACGAAUACCAACUUAAAAACAUUAAAUACUCAUUCUGGGUUUCAGGAAUACGGUAAAUUAGAUUCCAAUUUGCCGUUAAAUCGCACUUACAAUGAAAUCCGAAAAAGGCGUACUAAAAAAAAACGUCAAGCAAAAGCGUCCAAGCACGCAAAGCGCUCACACUUUACUAAAUCCUUGAAUAUACCAACUAAGCCUAAAAACAAUUUACAUACAAGUGAGGAUAAAGAUGUAAAGAUUUACGAAACUUUCGAAGAAAUCCACGAACACAUUAACGAGCCUGACAGCCAAGACGGACAGUAUCAAGCCUCUAAGCGCUACGAAAGUCGUGAAGAAGCAGUUGGUGGACAAGAAAACAUUGAGGAAGAAAAACACGAUGAUCCCAUUAGAAUAAAAGUUAAGCAUCAUCAUCACCAUCAUCAUCAUAACCAUAUUAAAGAAGUUAUAAGAUCCGUACCAAAGCCGUAUCCCGUUGAAAAGAUUGUACAUAUUCCAAUUGAGAAAAUUAUUGAAAAAAUUGUGCAAGUCCCAAAAAUUGUGAAUGUAACAGUCGAGAAAAUUGUACAUGUGCCUGUAGAAAAAGUAAUUGAAAGGAUUGUUCGAGUUGCAAGGCCAGUUCAUGUUGCCAAGCCGUAUGUAGUCGAAAAAAUCAUGGAAAAAAUUGUACAUGUACCCAAACCUUAUCCUGUUCUAAAAACUGUUCCAUAUCCCGUUGAAAUCAAAGUGCCAGUAACCGUUGAAAAAAAAAUUGCAGUUCCCUUUACCGUUGAGGUGGAAAGAAAAGUGCCAGUUUACAUUAAAUCCCAAGAGCCAUACAGGUAUGAGCAUACAUAUUACAAAAACCACGAAGACCAAGGUAUGCCGAAAUUUAGUACUGACAAUGAGCAAACAUUCGAUCGUCCUGUUUUUUCAUCAGAAAAUUACUAUCAUAAUAAACAAAUUGCCUCAAAGCAAACAGAUUUAUCAAUGAAAUCACCAUAUCAAACUUUCAAGGAACCAAUAAAUCAGCAUACGAAUAUAGAGAAAAUUCCCACAAAACACGCAGAUUUCGCACAUUAUCAAGCUUUUAAGGAACCAAUAAAUCAGCAUACGAAUAUAGAGCAAAUUCGCACAAAACAAGCCGAUUUUGAACAAUAUCAAACUUUUAAGGAACCAAUAUAUCAGCAUAAGAAUAAUGAGCCAAUGCUCUCAAAACAAGCAGAUUUCGCACAAUAUCAAACUUUUAAGGAACCAAUAAAUCAGCAUACGAAUAUAGAAGACUCAAAGACAUUUGCUUCUAUGGAGCAAUCAACGGCAGAAAGUACAUUUAUUCCUUUCAAAUUUCUUGAGACCAAGUCUCCAUUCAAUAUAAUUGUCGCUAAUAACGACACAUCAUUUGAUUUCAGCCCACAAGCUUUUGGCAAUAAAUUACAUGAAUUGCCAAUUUCGUUUCCAAUUGAGUUUAUUCAGAUGCAACCAAUGCCUUUUCAAAAUCAUUUAAGCUUAGACUCAUCAAUGCAACAACCUUCAUUCAAAAGUACAUUACAAAAAUAAAUAACACUGAUUCCGCUGUAUAUUUAAAAGGCACUCACUUAAUUAAUAUCAAUUUUUUUUAACAAUUAUAUAAGCACAAUAUUUAAAAUAGCAUAUCCAUUCGAUUUAUUAUAAUAUCAUAUGUUUAGUCUUAAUAAGUGAUGCGGUACCAAGCACAAAAAUGCAUUUUGUUUUCUCAUGUUCAUGGUAGGAAAAAAUAAAAAUUGCGUUAAGGCAUGUACAUUUUCAGUAAA